CAAACAAAAGGCCUCCUACGCUAUCGAUGACAUCGAGCUACAUGACUGUGUGGGAACAACGGCUCCAAAUGAGAGAAAAUGCGACUUUGAAGAUGGCUGGUGCACGUGGAAAAAUAACAACACGUCUAACAACGAUCUCGCGUGGAUGUUAGGAGGUGAAUACUUCAAGACAACGCUCCUCAGGCCAAAUCACGAUCACACCUUUGGCAAUGGAACAGGGUCAUACCUAUUCCUUAGCAACUUUGAGAGGAACACGGGAGACAAAGCAGACCUUAUCGGCGAGGUCAUUUCUUCGUCUAGGUCGAUAACGCAGUGCGUCGAGUUUUGGUACGAUAUCAACGGAGACAAAGAGACAACCCUGCAGGUGCUGGCAGUAGAUGCAGCUGGUAAGUCACGGCAGGCCUCGCUACUGUGGACUCAGAAAGGUUCUGACAAAAGCACUUGGCAGAUGGGACAACUCGCUCCGCCAGCAUACAGCCGGGUAGAUUUAGCCAGUGUGCAGACAGGUUGA